AUGGCUGCUCCCAAGAAGGUCGUCGUCUUCGGUGUCACUGGCAACCAGGGCGCAUCGGUCGCGCGCGCCCUGCUCGAGCACAAGGACAAGUGGGAGGUGUGGGGAGUCACCCGCAACCCCGACUCGGGCUCUAGCAAGCGUAAGCUGUCAAAGCUGAUCAAGGGCGACCUCGACAACCCCCAGUCGUACGCCAAGGGUCUUGAGGGCGCGUACGCCUCGUUUGUGAACGCCAACUUCUGGAUUGCAUACAAGGGCAAUAACUCGGAUGAAGCCGCCGAGAUCGAGUUCACGCAGUCCUCCUCAGCGGUCGAGGCGAGCGCGAAGGCAGGAGUCAAGCACGUCGUCUACUCGACGCUGGAAUCGUACAAGCCGCGCCAGGACCUGCCGCACUUUGACGCCAAGGCGCGCGUGACCGAGUACAUGAAGAAGAACAACAUCCCGGGCACACAGCUGUACACGUCGUUCUUUUUCCAGAACCUCGGCAUGGCCAAGUGGGACGAGGGCAAGGACGGGAAGCGCAUCCUGCACCUCGAGCUGCCCGAUGAUGCGCAGAUGCCCGGGUUCUCCGUCGACGACGUCGGAUACUGGGUCCGCGCCGCGCUCGAGGAUCCCCAGAAGUGGAUUGGCAAGGACAUGGAGGCGUGUACCGAGGUCGUCAGCCCUAAGCGUAUCUGCGAGGUGCUGACGCAGCUCUCGGGCAAGCAGUGGGACACGCAGCACUGGUCCCGCGACGCCUUCAUGGAGCACAAGAACAAGAUGGACGGAGAGCUAUGGCUCAAUUACCUCGCUUUCGCUAAUGGUGAGAUGAAGCGCGAUGUCGAGGCGAGCCGCAAGAUCGCCCCUCAGGCCAAGGACUUCACCCAGUGGCUCAAGGACUCGCCCAAGGUCCAGGAGCACUUUGGCUUCUAA